AUGUCAGCCGAGAAUGAGAUCCUGGUGGUGCCCAAGAUCGGGCAAGGCCAUCUCUUCCCUUGCAUCGAGCUCUGCAAGUACCUCCUCCGCCGCGACUUCCGCAUCACCGUCCUCGCCGACUCCGACAUCUCCUCCUCCGUCCCCUCCGCUCUCCAACAGUCCCCUCUCUUCGCUCUGGUCGACGUCUCACCACCGCCGCAGGAAACGCCGGCCGACCCGCCUGCUGGCUUCCCCCGCCAGCACCAGCAGAUGGCCCGAGGCAUCGAGUCGUUCCUCGCCGGGCGGGACCCGGCUCGAGCCCGGCCCGUUUGCGCGGUGAUCGACCACAUCAUGUACAAGACCGAGGAGGUGUUCUCCAAGCUUGGGAUCCCCACGGUGACUUUCAUCACUUCCGGGGCGUGCUGGGCCGCGGUGCAGCACGCGGCGUACGUGGUCCGGCCCGACGACAUGAAGCCUGGGGAGGUCCGUGCCUUGCCGGGCUUGCCCAAUGAGAUGGUGCUGAGUUAUUCGGAUCUUAAACAGAGGCGCCAUUGGAUGCCCUCGAACCGGGGAGGGAGAGGUGGAGGAAGGGGCCCAGGAGGAUCGGGGCUGCAGAUGGGCCCGCCCCUUCCGGGUCAGCCGGCCCCGUGGGUGGAAGAAGUGAAGAGCUCAGUCGCGUUACUGAUCAACACGUGUGACGAUCUCGAGCGCCCGUUCCUGGAUUACGUGGCCAAUCUGACGGGCAGGCCCGUCUGGGGCAUCGGCCCACUCCUGCCGGACGAGUACUGGAGGUCGGCGGCGUCCUUGCUUCAGGAGCGGGGGAUCCGGCCCAAGAGAGAGUCCAACUACUCGGACGACGAGAUCAUCGGGUGGCUCGACCGGCAGCCUCCCAACUCCGUCAUGUACAUCUCGUUCGGCAGCGAGGUGGGCCCAUCGGCGGAGGAGUACCCGGAGCUAGCCAAGGCGCUGGAGGAGUCGAGCCGGCCAUUCAUAUGGGUGAUCCAAAAGAAGUCGGCCCGGCCCGGUCCACCAGGCGGAGGACCGGCCCAGAUGGAAAGCAGCUAUUUUCCACAUGGUUUGGACAGCAGGGUGGGGGAGAGGGGGCUGGUCAUACACGGGUGGGCGCCACAGCUGCUGAUACUGAGCCACCCAUCGACUGGCGGGUUCGUGUCGCACUGCGGGUGGAACUCCACGGUGGAGGCGAUAGUGAGAGGGGUCCCGAUUUUGGCAUGGCCGAUCAGGGGCGACCAAUACUACAAUGCCAAGCUGGUGGUGAACCAUCUCAAGAUAGGGGCUCUGGUGUGUGACGAGUACCCGGCUGAGAUGGUGCAGAAGGAUGAUGUUUUGAAGGGAAUGGAGCGGGUCUUGACGGAUGAAGGGAUCAGGAGGAGAUCGGUGGGUCUGGGAGAGAGGUUUGAGAGGGGCUUCCCUGAGAGUUCGGUGAGUUCUUUGGAUGCUUUUAGAGAUUUUGUCAAUCGGAAAACAGAUUAG